AAGAAAGAAACGUCUGAGAAAGAGAAAUAAAACAAUCUUUUUGGGGGUGACGAAGACGUUUAUAUCAAAAGUGCGUCUAAGUUCUCUUCAUGUAGAGGCCCUGGGCCCCACUUCUCUCCUCUUUCUCUCUCUCUCAUUGUCUUUCUCCUUCCUUUUUAUUCAUUCUUCCUCUCCUAUCAAACAACGGCGCGGACAAACCUUCCUUUCUCUCUCUCCCUCCCUCUCUCUCUCUCUAAGACAUCUCUACAUCUUCCUUUCUCUCUCUCCCAAAACCUUGUUUCAAAUUUUGAAACCAUACCCACAUAGAGAGAGGAGAGCCAAAAGGGUGAUGAAACAGAGGAGUUUUGUGGGAAGUUGAAGGCUUGGAAAACGAAUAAUCGGGUUUCUGGCGUUUUCAGCUGCAGUGCAUCUGCGGUUCACACGGCGCGAGGUGCCCGGUUCUUUAUAAACCGGGUUCUCUUUGCUGGUUUUUUUAUCGUUGAAUCUGUUCUUUUUUCCUUUUCUUUUUUUUUUUUUGGUUUCUUGGGAUUUGGUUCUCUCUUUGCAUGGAGGACAAGGGGGGUUGCACCUGUAGGAGUGGUGGGAGCUGUUGACGUUGUUGAUAUAAAUGGGGCGUUGAGAUUUGGUGGGUGUGGUUGUUCUGAGAGGUGGGGAGGUUGGAUAAGAGGGUGAUGGUGAAAUCUCUAGAACAGCAUCUCUGUCUUGUUUUUUCUUUGCAUGUGAAGAUCUGAGGGUGGGUCUGGUUUGGAAUCCGGUGUGGUUUUCCAGGAAAUGAAUAUUGAAGCUUGGGGUUGUAAGGUUUUAAUCGUCAUUUCUGGGCUACAAGGGCUUUGAAAAAUUGGAACUUUGCCCCUAAAUGGACUGAAGAAACAGUCCUUUGGAUGCAAUGUUAAAAAGAUUAGCUCCUGGGCUGUUGAUUUCUUCUCUCCUGAUAUCCGCGUCUGCGGUUGACAAUAGCUUCCCCAGGUGUAAUUGUGAAGAUGAGGGCUUUUGGAGCGUGGAGAACAUUUUAGAGUGCCAAAAAGUGAGCGAUUUCCUGAUUGCGGUGGCCUAUUUCUCGAUCCCCAUUGAGCUGCUUUACUUUGUCAGCUGCUCCAACGUCCCCUUCAAAUGGGUCCUCUUUCAGUUCAUUGCCUUCAUUGUUCUAUGUGGGCUCACUCAUUUGCUCAAUGGCUGGACUUAUGGUCCGCACCCCUUUCAAUUAAUGCUCGCCCUCACCAUUUUCAAAUUUCUUACUGCCCUGGUCUCCUGUGCCACUGCAAUCACACUCAUCACUCUCAUCCCUUUGCUUCUCAAAGUGAAGGUAAGAGAGUUCAUGUUGAAGAAGAAGACUUGGGAUCUUGGUCGAGAAGUAGGAAUUAUAAAGAAAAAGAAGGAAGCUGGCUUGCAUGUCCGGAUGCUUACUCACGAGAUUCGCAAGUCACUUGAUCGGCACACAAUUUUGCAUACAACUUUGGUUGAGUUAUCCAACACAUUGGAUUUGCAGAACUGUGCUGUUUGGAUGCCUAAUGAGAAUAAAACAGAGAUGAACCUAACCCAUGAGUUGAAAGGGCGGAAUUUCUACAAUUUCUCAAUCCCAAUUAAUGACCCUGUUGUUGCAAUGAUUAAGAGGAGUGACGAAGUGCAUACACUUAGGACGGACUCGGCCCUAGCUACUGCAAGCAGUGGAACUUCUGGUGAACCAGGACCUGUGGCUGCAAUUCGGAUGCCAAUGCUUCGGGUUUCCAACUUUAAAGGGGGGACUCCUGAGCUGGUCCAGGCUUGUUAUUCAAUAUUAGUUUUGGUACUUAAGAGUGGACAGGCUAGAUCCUGGACCAGCCAAGAGCUUGACAUAGUUAAGGUGGUUGCUGAUCAGGUCGCUGUGGCUGUGUCCCAUGCUGCCGUUCUUGAAGAGUCCCAGCUCAUGAGAGACCAGUUGGCAGAGCAAAACCGUGCAUUGCAACAGGCAAAGAGGAAUGCAAUGAUGGCAAGCCAAGCAAGGAACUCAUUUCAGAAGGUGAUGAGUGAUGGGAUGAGGAGGCCAAUGCACUCAAUCUCAGGUUUGCUUUCAAUGAUGCAGGAUGAGAAAUUGAAUAGUGAGCAGCGGCUCAUCAUUGAUGCAAUGGCAAAGACCAGCAAUGUCCUCUCUACCUUGAUAAAUGAUGUAAUGGAAAUCUCAACAAAGGAUACUGGGAGAUUCCAGUUAGAUGUGAGAUCUUUCCGGUUACAUUCCAUGAUAAAGGAAGCAGCUUGCCUAGCCAAAUGCCUAUGUGUUUAUAGGGGUUUUGGUUUUGCAAUUGAGGUUGAGAAGUCCUUGCCUGAUCAUGUCAUUGGUGAAGAAAGAAGGGUCUUUCAGGUGAUUCUGCAUAUGGUUGGAAACCUGUUGAAUGGCACCAAUGGAGGAGGGUCAGUGACAUUUCGGGUGUUAUCAGAGACUGGAAGUCAAGGAAGGCAUGAUCAGAGAUGGGCAACCUGGAAAUCAAAUUCAUCUGAUGGGUAUGUUUAUAUCAAGUUUGAAAUUGGGAUUAACAAUGCUGAUCAGUCCGAGGGCUCGAUUUCAACUGGCUCAAUUUCAACUGUACAGCUUGGUGGUGGAAGACAAACCAGUGACCAAAUUGAUGAGGGACUGAGUUUCACCAUGUGCAGAAGGCUAGCUCAGUUGAUGCAAGGGAACAUCUGGUUAGUCCCAAACCCUCAGGGAUUUGCCAAAAGCAUGGCUCUCGUUCUUCGCUUUCAACUUCAACCAUCCAUUGGAAUCAACAUUUCUGAACCAGGAGAAUCUUCAGAGCACCCACAUUCCAACUCUCUUUUCAGGGGCCUCCAAGUUCUAUUAGCUGAUGAUGAUGACACUAAUAGGGCUGUGACCAGGAAGCUUCUUGAGAAGCUUGGUUGCAUCGUUUCUGUUGUUUCAUCUGGAUUUGAAUGCCUUGGUGCCCUUGGCCCAGCUGCAUCCUCUUUCCAAAUUGUUCUUUUGGAUCUUCAUAUGCCCGAGUUGGAUGGUUUUGAAGUUGCAAUGAGAAUUCGGAAGUUCAGGAGCCGCAGCUGGCCAUUGAUUGUUGCCUUGACAGCAAGUGCUGAUGAAGAUGUAUGGGAAAGAUGCUUGGAGAUAGGAAUGAAUGGUAUAAUUCGAAAACCAGUUCUGCUGGAUGGAAUUGCUGAGGAGCUUCGAAGAGUCUUGCUGCAGGCAAACAAUGUUGUGUGAUGAUAGAGAUGGUAAGUCACAGAAGCCAUGAUUCUUCUAAAUGGUUUUGAGGGUCUUGAUAGAAUAAGCAAACAGCGCUUUUGGCCCUCCAAUCCCACAUCCAGCUUGCGGCAUAGAGAUGUUACACAAACAACAUUCACAGUAAAAGAAAAUGGUAUACAAAUUAGCUCCUUCAUUCUUCCUUUGUGUUUUAAGGCUUUGUUAUAAUGUCAUAGAUAGUUUUAAGAUCUAUUCCCUGGUAAUCCAAACAACUCAACAACAUCUUCAUUAAAAAGACAACAUGACUGAAACUAUAGGAACUCCAUGCAGAUCUCUGAUACAAGUGGUUAAGCAGUUUGGACUUUGGAGACAAACUUUGAAACUACUUGAGAAGAGCUGCAACUUUGUGAUGAAAAAGGUAGUUUGUUGAGAACCAUCUGAAAAUGAAUAUAUAGUUUACAAUUAAUGUAAA